GACGCCGUUGUUACUUAACUGAUCUAAUUAGGUUUUUUUCUUCUUCUUUUGUUUGCAGCUGUUGGCCGAGGGAGCAUAAACGGAAAUGAAUUGUCGGAAUGGCGUCAGAAGUGCAGGAGAAGAGCGGCGCUGAGCAGAGCCGUCAGCAUGAGGAACAACAGCAGCAGCAACAGGCGCCGCAGCAGCACCAGACCGAAGACAGGCAGGGCAAAGCCCAGCCGAAGAAGCCACCAGAGAUUCUAUGCAACUGCCCGCAAAAAUGCCAGCAGCGCGUACCGACCGAGAUCCGCCUUGGUCUGUACAAGGAGUUUUCUGAAUUGGGUGACCAUUACAGGCAGAAUCAGUAUUUGCAGUCUUACAUCGAAAUGAGGUCUGUGUACAAAAGGCUCUGGUGCCAGGAGGAGAGGGUUGGCGGGAGACUGCAACGGCGUGUCUCCUGCAAAUAUCGGAUACCACUUGAGAUACCGAAGCCCAUAUUUGAAACCGUCCAGACUCAUCAGCCCAAACUACAGACUAAUUCAAAAGGGAAAGCGGCUUACAUUGUAGGAAUCAAAGAUGGUGUCAAAACUAUAGAAGUGUGCCAAAAGGCAUUCAUGAACGUUUAUGGCAUAACGGAAAAGCGGAUACGCCUACAAAGGGAAAAGCUGAUAGCCAAACUCAGGAGUGACUCGAUGGAGAUAAAGGAGAAGAUGGAGGAGCCUAAAGCUGAAAACCAUGUAAGCCAAGUCCAGCAAGUCACAACGCAAAUAAGCGAAGAGCAGUUCAUAGUGGACAGUUUCUUCCGCAACCAACUCUGGAGGCCUGAGUACAUCGGGAUACCUUGCGACAAGCUGCAAUACCUCGACGUCUACCAUAACGACGUCAAAGCUUGAACAUUCCAGUUUAACCAAAAGAAACACCAACAGGAGGGAAAACAUAAAAACCAAAAAAAAAAGUUUGACCAAAGAGUGUACUUAAAAUUCUGAUAUCAGGGUACUUAAAAUACCUAGCGUAAUUAUUCUUAUACCAAGGAUUUAUUGUGAUUUAGGGUUGUGAACCCAAAUAACCAACAUGGGAAAAAAUAUAUUAACGGCAUAAAUAUUUA